CAUUGCUUGUCUGCUGGGUGAUUUUGGGGAAACUCACUGCUGACAAGCCCUUUGAGCUGCCUGGAGGAAGUGCUCCCUGUGGGAAGGUCUUAUUCAGAGGUGCACCCCAAGCCCCCCAACGUAGCUCGCCGCCUGCGUGCUGGGGAGGGCAGAGGAGAAAAAGGAGGAGCCAGGUGAUGUGUAUGCUGGGCCAGGCCCCUCCUUCUACAGUAGAGAGAUAUAUGAACUCUGGAAGAAAGUCUCUUUCAAGAUCUGCCCCUGGACAGGUGAGCGCAUUCCCAGCCGUCGCUGCCACUUCCUCCUCCCAGCCAUGGUUCUUGGGGGCUCCUGGCUGUUCUUGGUUUUGUCGGCCCUGGGAACCGUGAUUUUCCACCCGGCCCUGGAACCGUGAUUUUCCUGGGGCACCGGGACACCCCCGUCUACCUGCGAGGAUAUGCAGCCGGUGCAUAACAAUACCCUGCCCCAGUCCACUCCGUCCCCCUUCCGGAUCGAGGUCCAGGAGACCUCCUACACGCCAUGGAAGUCCAUCCAUGUUAGGAUCGUGGGUCCUGGGUACAAGGGACUGCUGUUGAUGGCACAAGCAGAAGACUCCUCUGCCGCCGUGGGCACCUGGCAGCACCCGCCCGCAGGCACCAAGUUCCUAGAGUGGUCUGAAAAUUCCCAAGGCGCAAUAACUCAUUCCAACACGGAGAUCAAAACCUCCGCCACCACCUUUUCCUGGUUAUACACUGGAUCCGAGUGCCCGGCCAAUGUGACAUUUGUCGCAACUGUGGCUCAGGAAUGUUCCGUCUACUGGCUCAGGAUAAAAUCCAGAUACCUUCCAAAAGAUCCUGAUGCCACUUGUGGUGCCAAGAGGUUCAGCUGGAGGGUCACUGUCUUCACAGUUCUACCUGUACAUUGGAUAAUUUCAUUUGCCUACUUUCAGUGACAUUUAGUUAUCACCCUGAGUUAUGUGAAUGAAGUGGUACCGACUGCUGCUUUACUCCAGAAGAUUUAACGUGUAAGAACCCAAUGGGCAAGUCCCAUGCAGCGCGCGUCGUCACUUGGCCAGAACGGUGGUGAAUAAUGAUUUUCCCAGUGAUUCUUUGGGACGUGCUAAAUUCUCAGGAAUGCCAGAUCCUCAGUGCUGAAGAGUUCCAGGAUUCAGCUCCCACAAGCAUUUGAGGGCACAAACGGGCAACGUCUCACGUCUCAACAUCAAGCAGUAAGUCAGUGACAUAGGAAAAGCCUGCAAAUGCCCAACCUCUCGCCAGGAUCUAGCCCAUCCCGCCAGAGCGAUCACAGCUUCACUUCAUUUCGCUUAGUACCGCUUACAGUGUCACACUGCAGCCACGAGUGCAACUGUAAGUGAUGAAAGUCUUGCAGACUUUGUCCGUGAACGUAGCCGGGCUUCCUUUCAGGAGAGCAUCGUUGGGACACCGAUGGUUAAGAGGGGAAAGGAACGCCAACAGCCGUGUGCGUCGGCUGCUUUUGCGUAGCGGUGAGGGUUUGCGAUGAGGCACCCACUCUUGUACCCGGAGACCCCCUGCUUGAUGGCUGUUAGGGAUGUAGGGUCCAACUGCCCUCCAAACAAAGCAGCCUGUCAGGCCUCCCUUCCCAUCCCUGACUCAUCAUCAUCAUCAUCAAUCGUAUUU